UUCUCUGGGUUGGCAUCAGUGUGGCCCGAGAACUCGUACAGCCUCCCAACAUGGUGUCCAAGGUGACGUUGAUGGUAGCGGCGAUGGUAGGGGUGGUUGUUGGGGCGCCCCAGUAUGGCUACGUUCCCCCUCAAUCACCCUCCACCCUGUACGAGACCCCACAGAAACCCCCCACCUCCCUGUACGAGACCCCACAGAAACCCCCGUCUUCCCUCUACGAGACUCCGGAGGAGACGGCCCCGGAGCCAGAGAGGCUGUACCAGGCGCCCUCAGAUAACAUCCUCAUCGCUCAGUCCCAGAACAUCGUCCCGCGAGUCGUCGAUCCCCCGAAGCAGGAGGGAAUGCCGUACGACUUCCAGUGGGACGUCCAGGACCCGGACAGUGGCAACGCAUUUAGUCAUGUGGAGAACAGCGACGGUCGUACUACCCAGGGGGAGUACCGCGUCCUCAUGCCCGACGGUCGCACUCAGGUGGUAAAGUUCUUUGACAAUGGCGACGGCUUCAACGCCGAGGUCACCUACGAGAAGAAGUAGGCGCAAAGGUGACGAGGCGAUCAGGUGAAGAGAGGUGACAGUGGCGAGGUGACCAAUGCCUGAGCGACACAAGGUGACAGCGAUAAUACAGCGGCAGGAGAUACAAGAAUGAUGAAACUCUGUCUCUCUCCUAGUUUGAAGCAGCGUUUUUUGACUUGACGCAGCAUCUUCGGACUUGAUGCAGCAUCUUCGUGUUUGUCUCAACAUCUUCGGACUUGAUCUGCAUCUUCGGACUUGACGCCGCAUUUCUCAACCUCUUGCCUCCUACCUUAAGUCAUUAUGCAUUACAUCUCACAAUCUCAAGCUUUCCCACUCCGCCUGUGCUUACAGAAUUGUAUGGAACACUGAACACUGAACGUCUCGUUAAGUGGAACCUAUGUAUGAAUGUAUGUAUAUUGGUUGAAUAUAAUUUGCUAGUUUCGUAAUAAAAUGAGCGCAUAUAA